CAUGUUCUCACUCCACCUGCCCAGCAAGCAAGACGUGCUUGUGAUCAUCCACUUGGCGGCAUGCGUGUGCGGAGUUGGGUCGCUUUCGAUGCCGUACAUCUUUGCGCAAGCUGGCCCGACCUACUCGACGAUGGCGUUUGUUCUCAACUGCUUUUUCAACACGUACGCCACAGUCGCUCUGUCACAUUGUUUUCUAAAGCUCCGCCAUGUGCCCCAUAUUCACACGUACACGGACUUGGCCGUCCACUUGUGGGGCCAGAAAGGCGCGUAUGUCGUGCAAGCCACCCAACUGGCGUCGUGCUUUCUCCUUCCCGUGGCUUUCCUCGUACUCGGCGGGACCACGCUCCUUCCCGUCAUCUUUGACGGCGCCAUCGACAUCUCCACCACCGUCUGGAUCAUCCUUAUGGCGGUGGUGCUGCUGCCCAUCAUCUACAUCCGCGUCCUGCAUGAAGCGUACAUUGUGUUGAUCACUGGCGCAUUGGCAACCAUCAUCGGCGACAUCAUUGCCACCAUCGAUGCCUAUGUUGCCCACGGGGACGAGUUGUAUGAGCCUACAGACAACAUUCGGGUCACGCAUGUCCUCGACACGUUCGGAUCGUUUGCGCUGGCAUAUGGGGCGGCGGUGGUCGUGCCCCAACUACAGCACCACCACCCCCAGCCAGAGAAGAUGCCCACAGCGUUAGUCUACGGUAUGCUGCUCAUUUCGGGGUUCUACGUGACGCUGGGGGCCCUCGGGUACGCCCACUUUGGCUGUGCCUCGCCCAGCAACCUCCUCUUGGCCAUGACCCACACAUCGCAGCGCCGCCGCGCCGCGUACAUUGCCAUGCAAAUGCACAUUUCCAUCGCGUUCGCCGUGUUCUUGAACCCGUUCUUCGUUACGGUGGAAAAGACGUUGUUCCCAAUCUCCGCCGCCAAGGACGACGCCGCUGAUGCUCGGGACCGAGAUUUCGCCCAGAUUGAAACCCCCAAAGUCGUGCCCGGUCUAGAUGAUGCCCAAACCUCUGCAGAAGGGGCUAAGUACAGCGAAACCGUGCGCCGGUACAUCUUUCGGACGCUGAUCGUGGCGAGCCAGUGCUUCUUGGCCAUGCUCACCCAGAGCUCGUUCUCGGACGUGGCCGACUUGGCUGGCGCUUCUGUCAUGAACUUUUGCUCCGUGACUUUGCCCUUGAUGCUGUACUACAAGCUGUUCAAGGCCGAGAUGAGCAAACCCCACAAGAUCUUGUGCUGGUUCGUCAUCGUCGCAUCCAUCAUUUUGGGGACGUACUCGACCAUCCAGGCAAUAGGCCGCAUCUUCACCAACGCGUCCAAGUACACCUUGUUUGCGUCGACUCCCCCAUCGAAGCGGACAGAGUACGCGUACUGCCCCGCCGGAUACACAGACCGAAAGGCCCAGUGGCUCGACUCGUUCUCGUUGUACUAUUAGACCUGUACCGAUUACUCUUAGUAUCGGAUAUCUGUACCCAACCCCUCUUUCAUUGGAUAAUCCAACCUAUUAAACCUGUUUCAUUGGAUAAGCCAAUAACUGAUAUUUUU